AUGUUAGCAGGCAGCCAGGCCCAGCAGGCAGACUCGGCGCCUAGGCCCGAGGUAGCACUCACACUCAACCAUUACGAUCCUUUUGGAAGUCCAGUGGACAAGACGCCGGCACACAAUCAGCUUCACUCCAUUGCUAAACGCUUCAUCCCAUUCUCGCCGCUUAAUGGUCCAGAUCCUCGCCCAGGUUUACCGUCACCUCCGGUAGAACACACCCCACUUGCUCAUGCUCUCCCCUCCGAAGCAGGCUUUAGCAAACGCAGACCCCGACAUGUACCCAUUGUCAUCCCUCCCAAUGUCAUUGGCUCCGUCUUGAAACACAAUCCGACCUUACAAGAACCUAUUACACCAUAUCCACAAACAAUCACGCGUACAGGUCCUAGGCUUACGUACGACUUCCAAAAGGAGGAGCCACUGGUGACGAAAAGAUACAAAAGACCACGCCAUAUCCCUAUCGUCAUACCCGCUUUUGCUGAGCCUCAAGGUCUCUUCCCGCCUACACCUCCUAACAGCGCCAAUAACACUCCACGAGCUUCGGUUCAAAAACCACAUUCAUGUGAACAAUUCUUCACCGACAUGUCACGACCCACCACCAGUGGCAGCCGGACGAGUACGAUAGACUCCAAUGCCUCAGGUCCUUCGCCAAAUCAGAUGGAUGCUGGACGGUUCAAGCCCUCCUCGAGUACAUAUUUGGCAGAUAUGAAUAGCAGCAGCGAGUCCAGCUUAAACCAAGACCAAAUGGCACAACCACAGGUUGCACAGCCGGCUGCGGACUCUGCGCUGCUAAGACCCCCGCAAGCCGCGGAUGCAACACCCCAAUCGACAGCCCCCCCGCCUGCUGUGAAUCACUCGCCACCACAAACAAACAGCACGACGAAUUUAUCUGGUCUUAGUCUGCAAUGUACAUAA